UACUCCAGACACACUGCCUCCUCCACCUGCCCAACCAGGCUCCUCUACCUGCAGCCACACACCUCUCUCUGCUCCUGACACCCUGGGUGUGUGAGUCUCAUCUACAGCCUCUGGUGUGAGUGUGUGUGUGUGUGUGUGUGUGUGUGUGUGUGUGUGUGUGUGUGUGGCUCCUCCUCCCGCACUGAUUAAAUGCCCGCUGCUCGCCGCUCUCAGUUGCAGUUGACGGGAGUCUUGAGAGUGAGAGGAGCUGUGGAGUUGGACUUUUAUCAUCCUGACAGCAAGAGUCAGAGUUUCUUCUCUUACACCACCCAAAGAAGAAGAGAUCAGCUAUGAAGACCAUCCUUGCUGCCUACUCCGGCGUCCUCAAAGGCACGGGCUCCAGCAUCCUCUCUGCCCUGCAGGAGCUGCCUGUAGCAUUCUGGCCCUGCACGUCCAAGAUGGAGAAACAUCUGCAGGUGAUCUCUGUGCUACAGUGGGUCAUCAGCUUCUUGGCCAUGGGCGCUGCCUGCACGGUGCUGCUCAUCUACAUGUUCUGCACAGACUGCUGGAUCAUCGCUGCCAUGUACACCGCCUGGCUCAUCGUUGACUGGAACACCCCCAAACAAGGUGGCAGGAGAUCGUCCUGGGUGAGAAACUGGACGGUGUGGACAUAUUUCAGAGACUACUUCCCAGUCAGGCUCAUUAAAACCCACAACCUGCUGCCCAGCCGGAACUACAUCUUCGGCUACCACCCCCACGGCAUCUUCUGCUUCGGUGCUUUCUGCAACUUUGGGACAGAGGCCACCGGCUUCACCAAGAAAUUCCCUGGCAUCAAACCCUCCCUGGCAACCCUGGCCGGAAACUUCCGCUUGCCGGUCCUGCGAGACUAUCUGAUGUCUGGAGGUAUCUGUCCUGUGAACAAGAACUCCAUCGACUACCUGCUGUCACGCAACGGGACAGGAAAUGCCGUCGUCAUCGUAGUCGGAGGAGCGGCAGAGUCGCUGCAGUGCGCUCCUGGCAUGAAUUCUGUCACCCUGAAGAAUCGAAAAGGCUUCGUGAGGCUGGCCCUGCAGAAAGGGUCUGACCUGGUUCCGGUGUAUUCCUUCGGAGAGAACGACGCCUACAAGCAGGUGAUCUUCGAGGAGGGGACGGUCUGCAGAGCUGUACAGAAGAGGUUGCAGAAGCUGUUAGGCUUCGCCCCAUGCCUUUUCCACGGAUGUGGCCUCUUCUUCGGCAACUCCUGGGGCAUCGUGCCUUAUGGAAAACCCAUCACCACGAUAGUUGGGGAGCCAAUCACAGUGCCAAAAAUUGAGGACCCCUCUGAAGAGAUGGUGGAUCUGUACCACUCGAUGUACGUCAAGUCCCUGCUGUGCCUUUUCGACAAGUACAAGACUCGGUUCGGCCUGAAGGAGAGCGACGUCCUGUGCAUUCAGUGAGAGGACCAGAGGGUUGUUCCUGUUGAAGCUCUGAACUGUGUCAGCAUCUCCAGACCCAUCCGCCUCCCCCUUCCCCACCUUACACCCCCUCCCCGUCCAAUAUUGGUGCCUGGUUUGGAUUAUCUCUGGACUGCAGACUCUACACAUGAGCACAUUUGCUAAAGAAACCUUUGCUCUCUGCAUCAUAUCACACACACAUGUAGUCAUAGUUCCUCCUCAGGCAGUGGCAGGUUUGAACUCGAGUCGCCUCUCCCUGCUGCUGCCACUGGGUUCAUCAAGUCUGGCUUGGACAAAGCUAAACCAAAUCCCACUCAAAAAAAUGUGCCUUUCUAGUUUCUUUUUUUGUGAGGGGUCGAACUGUGUUAUAAAUGCAGAGGGUGUUACGGCCCACUAGAUGGAGCUGGAGGGUAACGGAAAGGACUAAAAGAAGUGCCAAUGUGUUCUUUCUCUCAUAUAAUUCUCCUUUUUAGGAUCCCAUUGUAUGCUGAAUGCACAAACAAUGCAAACCCAAGCUACCACAUAAGUAUUGGGAUCAUAAACCCAAAGAUUAAUUGAGCCAAAGACCUAUCGUAUCCCCACAGAUAGCAUGUAUUUCUACUGUGUGUAAAGCCAAAGGUGGGGGAAUUUACAGAGUGGAUGUAUAUUGUGAAUGCACAAUACCUGUGUGCCUGUGAUUUGUACAAUGCCAAAAAGUAUUAAUUGUAUUCUGUAGAGGGGAAAAGGCAGAUUUCAGUGCCUGUCCCUCAAAUGAAUAUUCCUGAUGCACUUUUUGUAAUGCUGAACAAUAAUGCCUUUUGAGAAGACAAUUUUCCAAGACAGUCACAGUGCUGCUUGGCUUCAUUUCCCUCUGUGUCCUACAGGUGUUCAGGUCUGGAUGGGUGUGUUUAGUCUAUGCAAGAAAAACGACAACGAUGCCUUGAAUCUGCGAGCAUUUUGCAAAGUGUUGAGAUGCAGUUGAAGAUGAAGUUUUAUAGGUGAAAAUCUUGACGUUUGAUGAUUCCAGUUUACAGUGGAGCCAUUUGUAACAUUGCCAUGGGUGCUAGAUGAAAGAGAUGGGAUUGUACUGGUCGUGCAACUGGUAUAAUGUUAUAUUGAAGGGUGUCAAGAUUACUUUUUGUGAAACAAGAGUAUGUGAGUGGAGAAUAUAUCCCUGGAAUCAUCAAAGUAAGUAUGUAGAUGGGUGGUAAAUCAUAAGAUUGUCAUUUGAAGAGCGAUUUCCUCUGAUUUCACCUCUGUGACUUCUUAUAAAGAGCAGUGUAAUCCAUGUGCAAUAAUACAUUUGCAAGGAAUAAACAGCGAGACCUGUCGAUGUGACAACUAUAGCAUCACUUGUCUGCCAAUAUUUAAAUUAAAACUUUUUUUAUGUUUUCAGAAGGA